UGGAUCAUCACCAUCGGAGACCCCUACUCAGACAACCACCAAGAGAGACGGACUCUGCAAGCUCCUCUGUCAUCCAGAGGAAGAGACUGCGAAGAUCCUACUGCUGAAACCCAUAAACCGGAGGAGACCACAAGACACAGCUUUGCCAGCCAGCUGCGGUCUGUCUCUUUCCAAAAGAUUUAACUCCAAAUUAACCAACUUCAGCUCCCAAACAGGUUCAGAGGUGUUUUCCUACCUGCAGUGAUGGGGGGUAACACCAGGAUCUUUGCUUCAGUCUGUCUGCUGCUCUGCUGGAUGCUGCUCAUCCACCCAGCCAGAGGUGGAAAUCCAUCUUCAAAGAUCACAACCAUACCACUCGACAUGUCUGUCAAUGCUGUUGAUGACAUGUACUUUGGCUGCACUGAACAAAUGAGGAAUAAACUCAAAAACAAACGGGACCAGCUGAGCAUAUCUAACAAAUCCCAGAAAGAUUUAAAAAACUGCUUGGAAAAGGCUAAAAAGAAAACAGACAAUGCAGCUCUUACCCCAGAUCAUGUGCAGGCAAUCUGUACAUACACAUCUGAUGGCAUUUAUAAGGAGUUUAAUAGAGCAGUCAGGGAAGACAAGAGCAAGUAUGGGAAGUCCUUCCCAUACCAGUCUUUACAUUUCUGGCUAACAGAUGCCAUACAAGUCCUGAAUGAAGCUAGGAGGAAGGCACUGAAAAAGCCAGAAAGCUGUGAGACAACUUAUCGAAGAACCCAUGACGUAUUUACUGGAAAAGUCAACAACAGAAUUCGGUUAGGUUCCUUUUCUUCCACCUCUCGCAGAACUAACCUGACAUUCUUUGGUAAAGAAACCUGUUUUGUAAUUGAAACCUGUCUAGCAGCUUAUGUGGCAGAUUAUUCAAUCUAUGACCAGGAGGAGGUUCUGAUACCUCCAUAUGAAACAUUCAAGAUAACAAAGAAAAUUGAGGAUAAUAAAGAUAAACCUGCAGGUCUGACUGACUGUAAAGUCGUCUAUGAGUUGAAGCAUGCAGGAGGUAAAAGUGUUUUAAACUGUAAAACAUCAGGUGUAGCUGCAGCUGCAAGAGAAGUUACGCAGCAGAAUUAAAAACUAUCUUAGCUGCUGCUGAAAUAUUUACCAUAAGAAUCCAUCUGUGAGGCUUCAGCCUUAUUCAGAACAUCUCUGUGUCUAACAUGUGUCUCAGUGUGAAAUCAAUAAACAUGUUG